GACCUGGCCGUAGAAGCAAAGCGGAAAGAAAAUGGCGGCCGUGGCUGCGGAGCCAGGAGCUGUUGCGGUAUCAACAACAACAGCGGGGGACUGUGGUGAGCUCGAACCGGUGCCAGCUGUGCCGGGGGGCAAACUCGACUCCGAUGCAACGCAGCAGUACGCGCCAGUAAUAGACCUUGUUCACCAACUCAAGGAUGGGGAUGCAGUUCAGGAAUGCAGCCAGGUCCAAAUGGAGCUAGUGAGCAGGCCAGACCAAGAAGCCGCGGGAAAAGUCCUCGCUGCUUGUGCAUUGGAUGAACACAUCGAUACAGGAUGUCUCAUGGUCGGCGUAGAAAAUACCGACAACCAUUCUCGCGGGGGCUAUGGUUCGAAAUACACAAUGUCGAGGGCAGAACGUUUGAAACAAUUUUUUUCGCCUAAUGUUGAUCCUGCAAACGAGCUCAGUAAGCACGAGCCCUACGCCUGCCAUCAGAAUAGCUCCAUCUCCGAUUCACAACCAUCGGUGGUCUUUUUGCAUUCGUUCCCUGCGCAUCCUGUGACUACGGAGGCUGGGCUGUCGUUGGCAGAGCCGGCAGAGCCCAUGAUCAAUUACUAUCAAAACACAGAAUCAACCCAACCUACUAUUAUCGAGUGUGGCUAUAGAGCUUUAAUUAAACCGUCCCAUGAGGCUGAACUGGAGCCCGAAUCAGCAGAUGAUGCUCUUUCUGUUACCGAGUACAAGGCCGAGUCUUUGGGAGAUGCCUCUCUUGAACAUCCCCAGUCCAUAGAACACGUCGACUCUCUGCCAGUUCUAGAGACGGAGACACUCAUUGGAACACCCAUGGAGACUGGAUACAUUUAUGACUUUUCGAGCAUCACAAACCAGAACUCUCCGAGUCCCGAGCUUCCUGUAAUGGCAGUGGGUCGGGUUGACUCCUCGGCAGAACUUGGGGACUCGUGCUCACGACAGUGGAGUUUGGAAACGAACUUCCACGAGAGCGAGACCGUAUUGAAUCCCCCUCACCCCAUGCCCGUUGCUGAUACUGAGGAGGUACUGUCCGAGUCAGUGGACAAUCUGAUACCUGGUUCUGAAGUUCGAGUAUCUCUGGAUCACAUAAUCGACGACGCACUGGUGGUGUCCUUUCGGUUAGGCGAGAAGAUCUUCUCUGGGGUUCUGAUGGACCUCUCUAAAAGGUUUGGACCCUAUGGAAUUCCAAUCACUGUGUUCCCAAAGAGAGAAUACAAGGAUAAACCUGAAUCUAUGCAGCUAAAGACAGAACCAUUCCAGCCAGAGAAGGUGGAAAUGCCAGUCCAGGAAAACCCUGACAGCCAAGUUGUCGCAAUCCCCGAACCAAACCCUGACCCCCAACCAUGGACUUCAAAACCUCCGCCACUGUUUCAGGAGGGAGCCCCUUACCCUCCGCCAUUGUUCAUCAGGGACACCUACAACCAGUCGUUACCUCAGCCGCCCCCCCGCAAGAUCAAGCGGCCCAAGCGCAGGCUGUAUCGCGAGGAGCCCACCUCUAUCAUGAACGCCAUCAAGUUGCGGCCCCGCCAGGUGCUCUGUGACAAGUGCAAGGGGACUGUCAUGACCGUGGACAAGAGGGAGCCACGUAGAGGCCCUGUGUCGGACUCUAGGGGCGAGGACGCCAAGCGGAGACGCAACGACAGUGCAGCUACUGUCAGCAAGCGGCCACGUAAUGACUCUCGCUCUGAGGAGAAACGCCAUGCUGCUGAGGUGUCCAAACGGCAGGCCUCAGGGAUUCGAGUCUCCUCUUCCUCUUCUCUGGGCCAGGUGAAGGUCGGAGCUGGAGGGAACAGGGUUCUGAGGACAACAGCCACCACAACAACAUCACCGGACAACAGCAGCUCCAGAGUCCAACUCAAUGCCAAGAAAGUGCUGCAGAGCAAAAAUGUUGAUCACUCCAAGGCAAGGGAGGUGCUGAAACUGGCCAAGGCGCAGAAGAGGCAGAGAGAGACUACAGUGGUCACUGGUAGCAGUGGCAACGCCAAGACGAUGACGAGGGCCGCUGCCCUGCAGGAGGCCCACGCCCACCAGAAGGUCCACUUCACCCGGCGGCUGCAGCAGAUCAGCGGGGUGGGACCAAGCAACGCCACCCCUCUGCCACCCAGGAUGCGCAUCAAGCCCCAAAGGUACCGUAAUGAAGAGAAUGACUCUUCUACAUGUAAGCCGCCUUGCCUCGAGAAAGUGCCGGGAAGUGGCCGUUUGUCCCCUCCAAAGCCAGGCGCGCCCCGCUGCACCUCCACGCGCUCCUCCUCCUCCUCCUGCUCCACAGGCGAGGCCACUGCUGCUGAAAACCAGGGUCUAGAUAAAGGGCCAGAACCUGAGCCCAGUCCUCAGACCCAAUCCCAGACCCAAGUGGAACCCCUCACAGCCACGGAGCACAGCGACCCCAAGGUGGAGCCAGAGGAGCAGGGGGGGCGGGAGGAGAGGCGGGAGACGCGCGGCAGCAAGGCUGGCAACCUUGUGGUGUACAUGACCCUUAACCCCAGCCAGCCUGACUCCUCUAAUACCUCCAUGUGCAGCGUUGAUAGUGCAGAUGACUUAAAGUCUUCAAACUCAGAGUGUAGCUCCACCGAGACCUUUGACUUUCCCCCCCCCGGUGAUUUGCACUCGCCCCCCGCCCCCGGCACAUCCUCAGCAGUCACUGACCCCUCGCCAGCACCUACGGAAGAGAAAACCCCUCGUAAAUCUCAGAAAGUGUUUUCCAAAAAUGUGUCUAAGUGUGUCUCUCUGGACGGCAGAAGCAUUUGCGUAGGGGACAUCGUUUGGGCCAAAAUAUAUGGUUUUCCUUGGUGGCCAGCCCGCGUCUUAGGCAUCCAGAUCAGCCGCAAAGAUAAUGGGCUCUUAGUCAGGCAGGAGGCCCGUGUCGCCUGGUUCGGUUCACCCACCACCUCCUUCCUGGCACUUGCACAGGUCGCCCCCUUUCUAGAAAGCUUCCAGUCACGCUUCGACAAGAAGAGAAAGGGCUUGUACCGUAAAGCCAUCACAGAGGCAGCCAAGGCUGCCAAGCAGCUCACUCCUGAGGUUCGCGCCUUGCUUACGCAAUUCGAGACGUGAGGUGGUGUGCUUUGGGGAAAAGGAAAGUGCUACAACGCUGAAGGGCUGCUGAUGGAUCCUUUACACUGCCAGACGGAAGGACAUGUCCAGAAUUGGAGACGUCAUCGAUAUAAUUAUUUUUAUUUAAGUAUCGGAAGAAGGAACAUUUAUAUAUUUAUAAUGAAUUGCAGACCUACUCCACCUCUGGGCCUGUCCAUCAUGCUGAAUACCAUUUGAUUUCUUUGAGCAGGCGUCCAUGUCCACAAGCAUGUGACCUUAGUUUGAGUGAGGACAUCUGCAGAGUAGACGAGCACUCUGACCAUUAUAGAUAUCUAUUACAUUUGUAUUACAUACAUGUUGACAGGACACGGGAUUUUGCAGGGUUUUUAGUAUUGUUGAUCAGUGAUCUUGAAAUGCAAAGACAAAAAAUGAAUAAAAACAAUACUAUGUAAAACAUUUAUAUUAAUGCAAUAAAGAUUGCAUGUGCUAUGCUAUUACAGUGCAUUUGCAGAAGGCUGUGCUUUGUUGUGUUGAAGCAGUCUUGAAAAAUAAUACUGGUGUCUCAAGCCCUGGUGCUAACAUGCCUAACAUGCGUGUCCUGAUCCUGUCCACAGUCUGAUUGUGCCCACAUUUGAAGUGAAGUGAUUGUGAUCAGAUCUUCCUGACCACCUCAGGAGGUAGUCAGGGACACGUAUCUGGAUUAUCAAACAUUUUAAAUCGUCCCUCUUGACUCAAGGCAAUAUUUGUUUUAUUUAUCCCUUUUUCUCAGUCUUGUCCCAUUGCUGCAACUCCCGUACGGAUUUGGAAGAGGCAAACCAGGAUCUCUAAUGGCAUAGCUAGCACUGCGGUGCAGUGCCUUAGUCCACAGCGCCACUCGGGAGACCCAGCAAUAUUUGUGUUAACAUAAAAUAAGAAUUAGCAUUAAUACGCUGAAUUAUACCUUUUUUGAGAAAGGUGAUUGGGAGGAUUAGAACCUGUAACCUUCUGGUCCCUUGCCACAUCCAUUGCACCAGCAGGGGGAUGGUACUAGCCCAGUCUUGUCACAUAUUUAAAGCUGUUCAGCCAGAAAGUUAGUAGAUUAGAAAUGUGAUAAGUUGAAAAUGUUGGUUAAAUUUUAAAAAGGAAGUCGCAACUGGGAUUCGAACUGGCAACCUUGCGGGUCGCAACCAAUGAUAUAUAUAUAUACACACACACACACGUGUAUUUUUUCUUAAUGUCUACAUUUGUUUAAUUCUAUUACAGACACCAAUGCAUACUUUCAAAUUAUAUGUGAGCUGAACAUAGAACUCUUUUUUUUUUUUUACAUUUAAAGUACUUAAUGUCCCCACUACAACAACAAAAUACUUAAAUCAAUGUAAUUUUGUCCUUGAAAACAAUAAUAAUAAGUAAUUGAAAUACUGUAGAAUUACAUUAAUUCCUAUUGAGGAUUGCUUCUUCUGAGUUCCAAUAUGGCCGACCAGUGGGUUCUAAGCCUCUCAUCGACCAAUACAUAGCAUCAGCAACAUCAUUUGUUGCAACCCGCAUUUAACGCCCUCCAUCCUACCUCCCUAAGGGCCUUUUUUUUCUGUUGCUCUCACCUGUAACUCCAACCACUGAUAUUCUAAGCUUUGCCCACUGAGCAUUAGGCCUAGAUUAAAACAGAUCAAGCGAUAGCUGACACCCGCAUAGCUGAUGGCGGUGUCGAAGGUGUAACUGCGUUGGAGCUGUCAAAUCGGUGAGCAGCUGCUCUUAAUCGUUGUCACGGAACCACACCCAUUCCACUCGCAUUAGAAGUUCAGAAGGAGAAACUAGGCUAUUUACAGUGCAUUCACAUUUUGUUAUGUGACAUCCUUAUUCUAAAAUGGAUUAAGUAAAAAUAAAUCUCAAGCUACACACAAUAUCCCAUAAUGACAAAUCAAAAACAGGUCUUUUAGAUAUCUUAGCAUAUUUAUUUACAUAAGUAUUCAGACCCAUUGAUCAUCCUUGAGAUGUUUCUACAACUUGAUUGGAGUCCACCGGUGGUAAAUUCAAUUAAUUGGACAUGAUUUGGAAAGGCACACACCUGUCUGUAUAAGGUCCCACAGUUGACAGUGCAUGUCAGAGCAAAAACAAAGUCAUGAGGUCCAAGGAAAUAAGCUGAGACAGGAUUGUGUCGAGGCACAGAUCUGGGGAAAGGUACCAAAAAAUGUCUUCACCAUUGAAGGGCCCCAAGAACUACGUGGCCUCCAUCAUUCUUAAAUGGAAGAAGUUUGGAACCACAGACUCUUCCUAGAGCUGUCUUCCCGUUCCACACUGAGCAAUUGGGUUUGAAGGGCCUUGGUCAGGAGCUGACCAAGAACCCGAUGGCCACUCUGAAAGAGCUCCAGAGUUCCUCUGUGGAGGUAGGAGAACCUUCCAGGACAACUAUGUCUGCAGCCCUCCACCAAUCAGGCCUUUAUGGUAGAGUGGCCAGACGGAAGCUACUCCUCAGUAAAAGGCACAUGACAGCCCGUUUGAAGUUUGCCAAAAGGCACCUAAAGGACUCAGACCAUGAGAAACAAGAUUCUCUGGUCUGAUGAAACUCCCGAUCUAACAUCUCUGGAGAGACCUGAAAACAGCUGUGCAGCGACACUCCCCAUCCAUCCUGACAGAGCUUGAGAGGAUCUGUAGAGAAGAAUGGGAAACUCCCCAAAUACAGGUGUGCCAAGCUUGUAGCGUCAUAGCCAAGAAUACGAGGCUGUAAUUGCUGAUAAAGGUGCUUCAACAAAGUACUGAGUAAAGGGUCUGAAUACUUAAGUAAAUAUGAUGGCAAACAUUUCUAAAAACCUGUUUUUACUUUGUCAUUAUGGUGUAUUGUGUGAAGAUUGAUGAGAACAAUUUUAGAAUAAGGCUGUAACGUAACAAAAUGUGGAAAAAGUCAAGGGGUCUGAAUACUUUCCAAUCGCACUGUAGAAAUGACAUUCAAAUUGAAAAUCAUUAAACAAAAUAAUGAGGAUUUCUAUCAGCCUUAUCAAGGUGUAGAUUACAUCUCACAGUCCAGUGUUAGAAUUUGUAAACAAGGCUGCAUGGGAUUUCUCUUAAUGUGACUCCAUUGCCAAUGGCAAUGUCCACUUUAAGUAUAAUGCUGGGAACUGCUUGUGGAUGUAACUCAGUUCCACCUCUUGACACCGUCAAAAGAUCAGCUAUGUGGAUGUAGGAGGAUCACCAUAAGUUAUUUUGAUCGUCUACACCGGUCUAAAAAUGUGGGCCCAAUCAGAAUGUGGACGAUAUCAGCACCAGGUAUAAACGGGGCUUCAGUCUGCCCCAACCUUAUACCAGCUCCUGUUGUCCCACAGUAAGCUACCCGCUGAGCUACAAGCAGCCUUAAAGAACAGGAGUUAGCUGAACAACUCCAAAUGUCUAGACUGUUCCUGGGGAGAUGCAGUACUUAAGUGUGUAAUCUACAAUUGACUGGCAGAAACAGAAAAUCAAAGAUAUCACGCUCCCCCAGUCAGGGUCCUGUAGGGCUCUAUUCAAUCGGUUUCACUGAAGCGUAAGAAAUGUAAAGGUAAUAUCCUUAUGAGCCGACAUUAUGCAGCGUUUAACGCGAAUGCAGUCUCCACUAUAACGCGGGAACAUUGCCUUUAUAUUUCAAUCACGCUAACGCUGAAGCCCCCCUCAUCCAGCAGAUUUUUUUGAUGACAUGACAUUUUAUGUACAUAUUUAAGCGUACAUGUCAUUUUCCUUGCCAGAUGUCCCUAUUCAGUCACUCUCUAGGGUUAAAACCACAAUAUUCCUCCCUGACUUUCCUCCUCACUUCAAGACAAGCAGAGCCAGUUGACUGGACCGAUUGUGAGGUCACAGGCUGGAUUGGGGAUUCCCAAAGGGAAACAAACACAUGGUCAAGUCAGUCAGGAGCAGCUGAAGAGAGCCACAGUGACUGAAUCAGCUGUGGCUCAUCUCUCGCCAUCUCGUGUACAUGUAUGCGUUUUGAUACAAUCUAUUAAUGUCUUGACUUAACAGACUGGUGGAUGUGGGAAAUCCUGUUUUGUAAUUACUGUAUAUCUCCUAAAAUCAGUAAAUCUGCUUUUUGCCUUUGUA